AUGUUCAUAGUGCAAUAUGUUCUAAUUAUUGUUGUUACUUGGAAAGCAAUUAUUGGUGUUUCAAUUCAAACUUGGGAUCGAAAUUUUGGAAGUGAAAUUCAUCUUUUAAAGAAUGUCAAAAAUGCUGUAUAUGAUCGUAGAACACAACGUCUUGUUGACACCAUCAAGCAAAAAUUGGAAUUUAAUGAAAGGCUUCUGAUACUUAUUUGCAUUAGGCGAUGUUAUCCUACACAAUCACAGAUACCACGAUGGAUUCGUGAAUUCUCGAAGCAGAAUAAUCUGACAGCAAAGCAUGAACAUUUCACCUAUCAAUUUUAUGAUAAUCGGCGGAAUAGUCCUAUUUUUAACGAUCAGUUAAUUCAUAAUGGUUCAAAGCCUCAUUUGGUUUAUGCUAUUGAUGGACAAUUGUUUCUCUAUAAUGGUAAUAUAAAUAAUAAAGAAGAAUUCUUUACAUUCCUCGGAUCUCAUGAGUUACUCAAUGCACAAAUUGUAAACACCUGGGAGCAUUUGGAAUCAAUUAUAAAUAUAGCACAAUUAUGUUAUGGUCAGAAGCAAGUUUUACAUAUAGUUGAUAAUAAUCGAUGUCCAAUGGAUCACUAUGAACUUGUCGUUCGAGCAUUCGAUGGCAUUGCUAAUUAUAGUUUCUAUGAAAUUAUGCUACCACUCAGCAUUGAUAUGUAUGUUGAAUUAUACACUCGUCUUCCAGAAUUGCCAUCUGUUUGUCAACUGAUUUUACUCCUACAAAAUGGUGGCUAUCUUUGGAUGUCUGCUGAUGUUGAUCUUCAUGAACUUAUUAUUGCAGUGGAAAGUUUAGAAAAUACUGAAUGUACUCAUAAAUUAUCCGGUAAUUGGUAUCCAAUUCGAGAAGAAUUAACAACCAUCGAAAGAGAUUACCUUCGUGAAAAUGAGCAAUCAUUAUUAUUAGAAUCAGAUUCAAGUUAUAUUCUAGUUGGUGCUACCGGUGGUAUUGCUGUUGUUGUGCUUGCAAUAAGUAUUUUCUGGGGACUUAGCGGAUCCACUUUUGCGCAAAAUUAA